AUAAAGCAGCGGCGCGAGCAGAUACGGUGCGAAGUCAUUUUCACGAAGGAGCACGCACACCAUCAAGCAGGAUGAUUCUAUUCGCAACGACGCUUCUCCUCUUGGCAGGCCUCAGCCAACAGCAAUCCACCGAGGAGCUCAAUGCGUACGUGGACAAGGUACUCAAGGACGAGCUGCCCGCCGAGGCAAAGUACAUCGACCCGCUGACGAUACCCGGCUUCAGCUUCCGCGUCAGAGACCACCCCCACUAUUUGAGCGUCAAGUUCGAUAAAUCAACCAUCACGGGUCUGAGCACCAUCCAGCGCUCGGGAGACUGCUCUUCUUACAGCCGGUUCCCGUACCGCGUCUACGUCGGCUGUAACGUCACUUAUGGAGAAAUCAAGGUGCAAGUCAAGAGCCAGCUGAAGUACGACCACAACAGCUCGAGCGUCUCGGCUGAUACCACUUUCCCGGAGGUCCACGGUCGUCUCUACGUGUCCGUGGGUGCCUGGAAGGGACCCAGAGCUCAUGCCUACCCCAAGCUCGGAAACUUCAGCACCACAUUCACUGGUCUGGACGAGAACCCCGAAACCCAGAAACUGCGCUGGGGGUACUACGAGGUGAUUCGUGACAUCCUGGCCGUGAGCAUCGAGAAGACCUUGUCUUGGGUUAUCGCCGACAGCGCCGGCAAGGUCCUCUGGCCCUGCUGCUAGGCCGAACAGUGUGCAUGUGUGGUACUGUAGUUGGAGACGCGGCAAUAAAAGACAACAAUCACUGCUUUACAAA